AUGGAUCAAGAUACGGCGUUAGAGCUAGUCAAGCAAGGAGCCACACUCCUCCUCCUCGACGUCCCUCAGUACACUCUUGUCGGUAUCGACACUCAGAUGUUCACAGCAGGACCAGCAUUUAAAGGCAUCAAAAUGAUACCUCCUGGUCCUCAUUUUUUUUACUACAGUUCUUCCACUAAAGACGGCAAGCAAUUCUCCCCUAUUACUGGCUUCUUCAUUGAUUCCGCUCCGUCUCAGGUUGUUGUUCGUAGAUGGAAUCAACAAGAGGAACGCCUGGUGAAAGUUCCAGAAGAAGAGGAAGAAAGAUUUUGCCAAGCAGUUAAAGGCUUAGAGUUUGACCGAUAUCUUGGUCCUUAUAACCUUAGCCAGUAUGGAGAAUGGAAGCGCUUGUCUAGUUACAUUACGAAGACUAUCAUUGAACGAAUAGAACCAAUUGGGGGAGAAAUUACCGUUUCAUGUGAAUCUGAAAUGGAUAAAAACAGUCCUAAAACAGCAACAGAGAGAGCUCUAGAUUCACAAUUGAGGACUGGUAAGUUCUCAGCAUCUACAUCGGUUGAUAAGUCCAAGAAGAGAGGAUGUUAUUACACUGCAAUCCCUCGUGUUAUUAAACACAGAGGAAUGGAGGGGAAAGAACUUACUUCUUUGAAUCUUGACAAGACAGAAUUACUAGAAAGCGUUUUGAUGAAAGACUAUGGAGGUUCUGAAGACUUGCUUCUUGGGGAACUGCAAUUUUCCUAUAUUGCAUUUUUGAUGGGGCAGUCACUUGAAGCAUUUUUUCAGUGGAAAUCUUUGGUUUGCCUUCUACUGGGUUGCAUUGAAGCUCCUUUUCGUACAAGGAGUCAUCUUUUUACUAAGUUCAUCAAGGUCAUCUUCUAUCAACUGAAAUACGGACUUCAGAAAGAUAGGACAGAAACUAGUGGUGCAGGAAUGGCGGUAUCAUCAUUGUUGGACGAGUCAUGGUUUUCUGCUGAUAGCUUUUUGCACCGACUGUGCAAGGAUUUCUUCUCGUUGGUGCAAGAUGCCACUGUGGUGGAUGGAGAUCUUUUGACAUGGACUAGGAAACUCAAAGAACUGCUUGAGAAGAAUCUGGGAUGGGAGUUCCAGCAGAAUAGUGCAGUUGAGGGCAUGUACUUUGAAGAGGAUGAUGAGUUUGCUCCUGUAGUUGAGAUGUUGGAUGAGUCAAGCUUCAACGGAGUUCCAGCAGUUUAG